AUGGGAGACAACAACACCUUCCGGGCAGGUGAGAAUGACAGCAAGUGCCUGGCGCACCGGAAAUAUGCCAGCCAAGCAAAGGGCAAGAAGGGCCAUGCAAAGGGUUCAGACACCUUCCCAUCUCUGCUGCCGGAUAGCACCAGGGCAGUGGAGGUGAAGAAGCAUGGGGCCCAGGUAGAUGACGCCACCGGGAAGGCACAGCGCAGCCUCUGCCAUCCCAGCUCGGGCUCCGUCCCCGAGGAGACCCCUGCAUUCUCCUGCACGGACGCUCCUCCAGCAGCCCCACUCUCGGGAGACGCCUGCAGAAGGGAGGCGCGGCCGGGGCCGCGCGGAGACUGCUGA